AUGCCUGGGAUCAGCAUCAAUGGCUCAAAUGGCGUGAGCCUUCGUAGACCAGACCGCUUCCUCAUCUGGGGCGGUCACGGCUGGAUCGCCGGCCUUCUGAAAGACCUCCUCAUCCGUCAAGGAAAAGAAGUCUACACCACGACAAUCCGCAUGGAAGAUCGCGAGAAUGUCGGCAAAGCACUUCAAGUCUUUAAACCUACGCAUGUUCUCAACGCUGCGGGCUGUACGGGUCGACCCAACGUCGAUUGGUGCGAGGAUAACAAGGCGCAGACCGUGCUCUCGAAUGUCAUCGGGACUUUGACGCUUGCGGAUGAGUGUUCUCGGCGAGGGAUCCAUUGUACUGUUUUUGCGACUGGGUGUAUUUAUCAGUAUGAUGAGGAGCAUCCUGUUGGAGGGCCUGGAUUUAAGGAGACUGAUGCUCCGAACUUUGAUGGGAGCUUUUACUCUAUGACAAAGGCUCACGUUGAACCUAUCUUGGCCAGCUUUGACAACAUCUUGAUUCUCCGUCUUCGCAUGCCAGUUAGCGAUGAUCUCAACCCGCGAAACUUCGUCACCAAGAUCUCCCAAUAUAAAUUCGUCGUCGACAUACCCAAUAGCAACACCAUUCUUCACGACCUCCUCCCUGCAUCUAUCAUCCUUGCUGAGAACAAAGAUACCGGAGUUUAUAACUUUACGAACCCCGGUGCCAUCUCACAUAACGAGGUGCUCGGCUUGUUCAAAGAGAUCGUACGACCGGCGUUCACGUGGAAGAACUUUAGUAUUGAGCAGCAGGCGAAGGUGAUCAAGGCUGGACGGAGUAAUUGCCAGUUGGAUACUACUAAGUUGGUGAAGAAGAUGAAGGGGUAUGGGUAUGAGAUUCCCGAGGUGCAUGCGGCGUACAGGCAGUGCUUUGAGAGGAUGAAGGCCGCGGGGGUUCAGUAG